AUGAAAAGCAGUAUUUUUAAAUUUGUUUUUUUUUCAAUUAUUAUUUCUUCUUUUGAAUAUGCCCAAAAUGUUAAACCAACAAUAAAAAAUAGUUAUAUAUGUGUUAAUAAAUAUUUCAUUUCUUUGCAGGAAUUAUACUUUGUAAACGAGAGAAGCAUAAACCUUGAAAGGAAUAUAACAAAUUUUAGAAAUAAUAGGAUAUUAGCAGAUACAGACAACCGAUUCGAUUUAAAUAAUUUUUAUGAAUCAACUUUGAGUCUUAUAAAUAAAAUUAAUGACGACAAUGAUGAUGACGAAGAAAUAACAAAGCUUAAAAGUAUUAUGAAUUUACAAUUAAUGAAGAGUAAAGAAAGUAAUACAUUAAAAGAUUUAAAUAAUGUAGAUAAGAAAACUAAAAAGUACGUUUUAAAACUUCAAAAAGAAUUAGAAGGAUUAAAAAAAGAGCUUGAUGAUACAAAUAAUGAUGAUAAAAAGGUUGAUGAUAAAAAUAAUGAUAAUAAAAAUAAUGAUGAUGAAAAUAAUGAUGAUAAAAAUAAUGAUGAUAAAAAUAAUGAUAAUAAAAAUAAUUAUGAUGAAUUAGCAAUAAAGCGGGAACAUGGUAAACACUUAAUAGAAAAAAAUGGACAUUUUUAUCUAUCAGAUGUACCAGAAUUUAAACCAAUGAGCAAUGAAGGUAUUUUGGUGGCGAAAGAACAUCAAGAGAUCAUUUCAUAUAUUAAUAAUGAACGAAGUACUACUAGAAAGUUAAGAAAAGAAAGAACCAAAUUAAUAAAGAAGGUGAUCUUGUUGAUUGGAGUUUGUGUGACGGGAUUGAUGACAGGAAUGGCCCUACCAUUUUUAAUUUUUAUUUCAAUAAUUUCAUUUGAAACUGCUAAGAAAAUGUGGAAAAUCUUUAGAUUAUCCAUGAAAACAUGGAGAACAAAAAAUCACAGCAUAUCAGAGUAA